CAUUCAAAGCAUACAAUCGGUUGUUCAAGGCACGUCACGUGACUCUCUAUUACAUCGUCAACUUAGAUCACGUGAGGGUGCGAUCUGACUGUGUCCGAAACUCUCUUCUUCUUUCUUUCUCCUUCAUUCCGGUUGGUUAAACUGUAACGAAACGACGUAGCAUCAUUCAAUUCGCUCUGUGUAUUGUUUCGGUUUCAGAUCUUCGGAAUCUGAAUGGCGACACGGAAUCGCACUUUGCUUUUCCGAAAGUACAGAGACGCAUUGAAGAGUGUUCGUGCUCCGUCAAUCUCUUCGCCGCCGUCCACAUCUUCCGGCAACGGUCCCGUCAUUGAAUUGGUCAGCACCUCGCUUCUCAAUCCGAAUCGAUCUUAUGCUCCGCUUAGUACAGAAGAUCCCGGUAGUUCGAGUAAGGGUCUAAAUCCAAUUGCUGUUGGGCUACCUCCAGCAUGGGUGGAUGUAUCUGAAGAAAUAUCAGCAAAUGUGCAACGUGCCCGCAAAAAAAUGGCAGAGUUGUCCAAGGCUCAUGCGAAGGCCUUAAUGCCAUCGUUUGGAGAUGGUAAGGAUGACCAACAUGCUAUUGAGUCUCUAACACACGAGGUAACUGACUUGAUAAAGAGAUCAGAGAAGAGACUGCGGAGACUUGCUGCUGCAGGGCCUUCUGAGGAUUCUAAUGUCAGAAAAAAUGUGCAGCGUUCUCUUGCUACUGGCCUUCAAAGCCUCUCUGUAGAGCUUCGCAAGAAACAAUCAACUUAUUUGAAGCGCCUCAGACAGCAAAAAGAGGGUCAAGAUGGAGUUGACCUAGAGAUCAACAUAAAUGGAAGUAAAUCUAGAUUUGAAGACGAUGACUUGGACAAUAUGAUAUUUAACGAGCAUCAGAUGGCGAAGCUAAAAAAGAGUGAAGCUUUCACAGUUGAAAGAGAAAAAGAGAUCGAACAGGUUGUGGAAUCUGUUAAUGAGCUUGCUCAGAUUAUGAAGGAUUUAUCAGUACUAGUCAUAGACCAGGGAACCAUUGUUGAUAGAAUAGACUACAACAUUCAGAAUGUGGCAACUACAGUUGAGGAUGGCCUUAAACAGCUGCAGAAGGCAGAGAGAACUCAGAAAAAGGGGGGCAUGGUAAUGUGUGCGACGGUUCUUCUUAUCAUGUGCUUUGUUAUGUUGGUUCUCUUGGUUAUUAAGGAAAUUAUUUUGUGAUCCGUGGAGAUAUUUGAUAUCAUAUUCUUUAUAAUAUUGGUCACCUCUCAUUGGUGUGACCUUUCCAUUCACAUACCAUCUCUGCUUGGACAUAGUACAGCAGCCUGUCUAAGAGAAGAUCAUGGAGUUUUGGAGUAACCACAGCCACUACACAUGGCUGGGCUACGAGUGGAUGAAGAGGCAGUAUUCAUUCUCUUGCAAUAUUUUUUUGUUUUGCCACGAAAGAGGUAGCGCGGAUUAGGUGUGUUAGAAGAAAAGAGCUCUAGAGGUUGUUGUAGUACAGUCAAAAACUAUACAUAAAAGCCAGAAAAUGUAAAGAGGGCAGUUGUAUGAACCUCUACUUUAACAUUCUUUGCUGCAGAACUUGGCGGUGUAGUCAUUUUCAUGUUUUUUUCUUGACAUUUUUAUAUCUUCUCCCCCUCGGGCAAUUGCAUUUAGGGGGGAUUGGAAUUUUGUUUCCAUAAAAGAAAUUCAUGCAAUAAAAAAUAGAGGUUUGGUGA